UAUCUAAAAGUAUAUAAAAAAAUUGUAAAAGAAUUAAUUGAAAUCGUAGUAUAAUUAAGAAAUGAUGUCGAAGAUUCCUUUUCGUGGGGCAAGUCGAAUGUUCCGUAGCAAAUUGAAUCUGCUGAAUACCAAGUGUAAUCCUAACAAUGUAUGUGAUGUCGCGUUAUCCACAUUGCCACCUAAUAGUCCGAUGAAUGUAUUCGAUAGGAAUGCGAAACUACUGCAGCGCGAACGCGCCGCCAAGAAUAGCGACGUCCAUCUAUAUGAUUAUAUUAAGGACGAGGUGGGUGACAGAUUGGCUGAUCGAAUAUUCGAUAUCAAACGAAAGUUUGAUAGGGCCCUUGAUCUGGGAUGUGGUCGUGGUCAUGUGUCCAAGCGGAUCCUUAACGAAUCUGUUGAAGAGCUGGUGCUGGCAGAGAUGAGUCCAAUUUUGCAGCAAGCCAAGACUACGGAAGGCAUCAAAGUCAAAAGGGAAGUCAUUGAUGAAGAGAAUAUAUCCUUUGAACCAGACAGCUUCGACAUGGUAAUUAGUUGUUUGAGUCUUCAUUGGGUCAAUGAUCUUCCUGGAUGCUUUAGACGUAUCAAUGACAGCCUAAAGAAGGAUGGAGUCUUUUUGGCAGCUAUGUUUGGUGGUGAUACGCUUUAUGAAUUGAGAAGUUCCUUGCAAUUAGCUGAACUUGAGAGAAAUGGUGGAAUCUCGCCACAUAUCUCACCUUUCGUGGAAAUCAGAGACAUUGGAUCUUUAUUAACGAGAGCAAACUUUACUAUGUUGACUAUUGAUACUGACGAAAUAGUCGUUGGUUAUCCAAGCAUGUUUGAACUUAUGUGGGAUCUAAAAGGAAUGGCUGAGAAUAAUGCGACCAGAAAUCGUAACUUGCAUCUAUCAAAGGAUGUGUUGAUUGCAGCUGCAGCUAUAUACAAGAAGCUUUAUGGAAAAAUGAAAGAAGAUAACACUGCAUUCGUUCCUGCCACAUUUCAAAUAAUAUAUAUGUUAGGAUGGAAACCAGAUGCAUCUCAACCAAAGCCUCUUAAGAGAGGAACAGGAGAAGUAUCGUUGAAGGAUUUAGACAAACUCGAUGAAAUAAUCAAAAACAAAUUAAAACUAAAGGGUGACGAUAAGUAGCCGACAUUAAAUAAUCUUUAUUUGACAGCGCGAUGGAUAUUGUAAAUAUUCUAUAUUGUAAAAACUUAAUAUAUCAAUAUAAAUAUAUAUAUUAAUAUAAAUUCUUUUUUCUUGAAUUAUAAGCAUGAAAAAUAACUCGU